GUCGAUUCGUUUCCUGCAAAAAUCAACUUUUGCUAGAGUCACCAUCUAGUGGAGGUGCUUUUUAGCGCUUUCUUUUUUUUAUAUACUUCACGAACGCGGGAAUAUUCCGAUAAUGAAAUUUAGCAAAAAGUAGUUAGUUAAAAAACCGAACCUUAUGAAAAAUCUAAGGGACGGUGGUUGAUAUUUCGCUUAGCUCACUUUUCAGCUGUUAUAGGUACAGUACUUCGUCCUUGCCAUUUGUACUUACCAUAGACCAGACAACAUCCAACCUAGGGUCCGACAAUAAUAAAAACAAAAUUUUAAGGUGGGCUGAAUGGGCCAAAUCCAUUUGCUUAAAAACAAAUAAUAAAUAUUUUUUAACUGUCAACUGGAUUUCAAAAUAAUUUAUUUUGCUUGCUGGGCUUUAUCAUUAUUGUGAUCAUUAUCUUUCUUUUCAACACAAGAAAGAAUUACAUGACCGAGAAUUACAUGACAUUCAACCACUAAAAUGUCUGAUUUUGAAGAUGAAACUGUAAUAGCCCCAUGGGUAGGCGCUACUAGCUACAAGAAUGCGCUAACUGUUAUCAUUUUGUCUUCAAAUGUUGAAAUAAUAGAAAAAAUUGCAGAUGCCCUUGUAAAUGUUCACGCCAAGAGACAUUUCAGAUGGAAACUAAUUGUACUACGAUCGUUCCAUUUAGAAGAAGUCGUUAGGCAAUCAAACAUAACUGGAAAAGUUGCCAUUGAUUUCGUUAUAUUGGCUAUGGACACUAGCAGAAUAUUCUGUUUGGAAUGGACAAAGAAGGUGUUAAGCCAAGUUCAUCCAGACCUAAGAACUCGACGAGUGAUCCUAGUGAAUGCUAGCGGACUACCAGUUAACAGUAUGGCCAUAAGUGUCAGUGAUUUAGUUAAUUUUUAUACAGAAUUAAAACUGAACAUGUUGACUGCUAAUGUGUUUAAACCAGAAGAUGUAACAUUCUUAUCAAGAAAACUUUUAAAAUACAUUGAAGUGUCUUUUGGUACUAAGACAGGAAUUCCUAAUCUACAUGCUUAGUAUUAAAUAAUUUACAGUACUAUAUUAUCGCCCAGUUGCACUAAAAUUAAUUAAGAUUAAAUGAUGACAAAGCCCAAAUGAAUGUUCUAAAUUUAACAAUACAAUUUUAUUGGAGAUUUAUACAAUGAGCAGAAUGCCUCUUAUACUCAUUUAAAUCUGCCCCUGUAUUUAUAUUUCAUUAAUUUUACAUUCCGAAUACCUGUUGCAUCACAAUGGAACACUUCGAUGAUUUGGAAGGUAUAGAACAUUGGGUUCCAUCUUGCAUAUUUCUCUACCGCUUGCUAAUAUAGUGUUUAAACAGUAUACUACACAUAUGUAUAUAGUAUUUGGGGUCUCUUACCUGUACAUGUCAUAAAUGGUUUUAGGAAACAAAUCUAAAAUAAUAUUCUUCCAUCAUCUACAAUAUUUUAAUAAUUGUAACUAUGUUAAGCAAAUCACUAACUGCCAAUCUUCAUUUUAAUCUGAAAAACACCAUUUUUGUCCUUGAACACACAGUUGCAGGGUCAUUUGCAUGAUUAGGUUCUUAUGUUUGGGCUUUCUAUCUCUGGUGAUUUAGAUAUGUUUUUGUGGAAAUUUCUGAUCCAGCAUAAGCAGUACCAAAAGGUAAUAACAAUGAUCUGUACUAUAGAAUUUAUAGUUGAAUAUUAAACAAAAAAAACUUUAUCUGUUAAUCCCGUAACUGCGAUAAUCUCAGUGACGGACUAACCACGUCUGAGGCCCGGGGCGGCAAUAGCUCCAGCGCAACCACUUUAUUUCUAACCGAGGCAGAAACUUGACUUUGCUCCCCCCCCCCAC